CGAAAUGCACGCUGUGCUUCGUCGGGAGUGAGCCGGUUUGUUGCGUGUCAGUGAGCCUGUAAUAAUAUUUCGUCAAAUAAUAAUCUGACUGAACUUUUAGUUAAGGCAAGUGACGAGUGAUAUAAACUUGAUUUUUGUCAGUGUGUGCUGCUGUAUUAUCGUCGUCGGCAUAAAGUGAUGUGCUGAAGCCAUGGGACACAGCGAAGGUUUUCCGCGCAGGAGUCCGCGACGUUCACCUGAUCUGCCGCCACUGCCGCCACCCAUCCAGCCAUGCAGUGGCUUCCUCGGCAGCGGUAAAUCGGUAAUUCGUCCGAUAGCGUUUAAGCCGCUUGGUGGACGUUUGUCAGCCGGCGGAGAACGGUAUGGCUCUACACCAGUUCUGGCCAGUCGGCCACCGUCGCUCAUGACCUUAUAUGGCAGUUCAUCAGACGUGCGCGAGUCUCGCUGGUGCGGGUCGCCGCAGCCCGCCUCGCUGUCCGCUAUGCCGCCCGCUCCGCUUCACCAGCGACACCACUCCGCUAUAGUAACGAAGUCCAGUUCGGGCAUCGGGACUGACUGCAAGGAGCCAGUGCCGGCCCCUUCUCCUGCUGACUCCGGAGUCUCCGAGCUGGAGAGAGACCAACAUGACUACGGCACGACGGAUCGUCUGCGCGGUAACGACGUGCGGUUCCGAGCUCCGCGCAUGAUGCUGCAGACCUGUCGGAGCAGGGACGAGCGAGACACGGAGCUGGCCCGGCUGAGGAGAGACCGGGCGCUGCUGCGGCAGAGGCUCGAGGACACCGAGUGGAGCCUGUGCCAGCGAGCCGGCGAGAUAUCGCUGCUGAAGACACAGCUCAAGGAAGCACAGAAUGAACAGACAGCUAAAGGUCACGAGUACCUCACGCUAAAAGCUGACUGCCGCCAGCUCAGGGAAACGCUCGACAAAAAAGAGAAAGAAAUUAUGAGACUCCGAGCAGAAUCGGAAGAGAAACAAAAAACGGUGAAAAGACUCCAAGCCGAGGUGGACAGACUAACAAAUAAUCUUAUAGAAAGUGCUUCGGAUCUCACGAAAAAUAAGGAGACUAGCAAAACCGAAAUAGACAAACUGAAAACUGAGCUUAAAGAAUUGCGGCAAGAGCUAUCCGAUGUUUCUCUCAGUGGAUACGAAGGUAUUGAUUGUGGAAGAACGAUGAGAGGCAUUUACGAAGUAUGUAAGAACGAAUACUGGAAUUCCAACGACAGCGCUCUAGACGCUGAAGUACAAAGACUUAACGGUGAACUGCCAGAUCCUUGUAACGAAUCUUGCCCUGCCAACGCUGUAGUAGAAAGACUUAAGUGUGAAUUAGAAUCUAAAGAAACCCAAUUCAACAACGAAAAAAGAAAAUGGUCGGAAGAGAAGGACAAAGUAUUGAGAUACCAGAAGCAGUUGCAGUUGAACUACGUGCAGACUUUUAAGAGAUCGCGCACCCUGGAAGCAGAACUGGAUGGGUUGAGGCUAGAGCUGGAACUUUGCAAUAAGAAUAUGAAGAACAUGAACCAUGGAAAGCCCAUAGAAUUGUAAACCAAAUUCUAGUAAAUAAUAUUUAUUUAUGAUUUAAUGUAAAUAUCUUGCCCUAAGUCCUCGACGAAUAACCUAAUACUCAAAUAACAAAGGACUUAAAUUAUUGUACAAUUAAUAGUUUUAGUGAAAUAGAAAUAUAUUUUAUUGGUACUUUUGUAAGAUAAAGCGAGUUAUUGUAGAUAAUAAAUUAAUAUAAAUUUAA